AUUGAUGCGUGUCACACGAAAAUAAAAAGAACAAUGUUCGUUUUACAACUUGAGCUACAACUUGUGUUGUUUCUCUUGUCCGUCACUGUGACAAGAGUUGAGGGAGCACGGCCCAUAGCACCAUUCUCACAAAUUAUUGGCAAGGGCGGCGGUCGACAACAAGCGAGAAAAGCAAAUGGACAAGCAGGAGGUCGAACGUACCAAUCGCGAUCACACAGAGACGAUGGUGG